AUGUUUCGAGUUAACUAAAAUGAUGAUCCCAAUUAUGAUUAAUUUGAUCCUGAUAAUUUGGAUAUAGAGGAAGUUGUGAGGCAAAGAUGGAAAUAAAGCAAAGGAAAUUUAGUAGGGAUGCAAAACAAUAGAUUACCUUCUUUUAGAAAAAGAUUUAUAGAUGUAAUAAUAAGUUCUUACUUCAGCCUAUUGUAUCAUAAACACGCUAAGUUGAAGAGUUUUUAAAAGAAAAUGCAAUUUCUUUUAAAACACCAGAUGGAAACCUUCCUGUUGAUCCUUUUUUAACUUGGGAGAGUAUAAAACUUAACCAAAAUAUAAAAAAUGUAAUACAUGAGCUUAAAUUUUGCAAACCUACGCCUAUUCAAUCAGUUGGUAAUUAAUAAUCCUAAUAAUAUAGUAUUCCCACUGAUUUUAAGUGGAUUUGAUGUGAUUGGAAUUGCAGAGACAGGAUCAGGCAAAACCUUUGGGUAUUUAUUACCAGGUCUUAUUUAAUUAUCUGGUCAAAAUUAUCCAAAUAAUUUCAGAAAUUAAAUAAAUGGGCCAGAAAUGCUUAUUUUAGCACCUACAAGGGAAUUAGUUAUGCAAAUCACUUAAUAGGUAUAGUUGUUUGUGAGGCCUGGAGAUGUUGCGAAUGCUUUUGGAGGAUAAAAUAGAGAUUUAUAAGCAUAAUAAUUAAGAUAAAAUCCAUCUAUCUUGGUAGCUUGUCCAGGUCGAUUGAAAGACUUUUUAGAUGAUGGAAUUGUAAAUUUAUCAAAAGUGACCUAUCUUGUUAUCGAUGAAGCUGAUAGACUAUUGGAUAUGGGAUUUGAAGAUGAUGUUAGGGAAAUAGUUUCACAGAUUAGAUAAGAUAGACAGACUGUUUUCUUUUCUGCAACUUGGCCUAAGGCUGUAAGAAAUUUAUCAUUUGACUUUUGUGCAGAGAGCCCUGUAUAUGUUUAAGUGGGUAGAUCUAAUCUAACCAUUAAUAAGAAUAUAGAUUAAGAAAUCAUUUGUCUUUAUAAUAAUGAAAAAUUAUAAACUUUGCUGGAUAUUUUGGACUAAUUGAAAAUUACUGACAAAGUAUUGAUUUUUGCAGAAACUAGAAUAAGUUGUGAAAAAUUAUCGGUUGAUAUGACAAGUGAAGGUUAUUAUGCAGUUGCACUUCAUGGGGAUAAAACUUAAAAAUAACGAGAUGAAAUUAUGUCAUACUAUAAAAAAGGUGAUACUAAGUUGCUUUGUGCCACUGAUUUAGCCUAGAGAGGAUUAGACGUUUCGGAUAUUACUGUUGUAAUCAACUAUGAUUUUCCAAAAUAUAUAGAUGAUUACAUUCAUAGAAUAGGUCGAACUGGAAGGGCAGGCAGAAGAGGAAGAGCGUUUAGUUUUUUUUCAUUUGAGAGAGAUACACCUCAGAUGGCGAGAGAAUUACUUAAACUGAAUAAUAUACAUUAGAUGAAAUUUAAUUACAAGCUUAUGGAAGAGAUUGCAAAUGGAAUAAGUAAUAAAUUACAAUACAUUUAGAAUAAUUUAGAGAUCCAAAUACAUUGAAAGGUUAAAUUAAGUAUGGUACUUAACUCAUGACUCAUUAAAAUAACUCUAAAUUUAGAAUGCCCAAUUUAACCUAAGAAGAAAGGGAAAAUCUUUAUAUGCAGUCUUACCAAUAUGAUAAUCUGUAAUUUAUUGUGAAUUAAUUGUAGUUCUAAUAGGAAUAGACAAAAGUAUGAUUAAGGCUAAGAUUACAAAAAACAUCAUCACGGAUAAUAUAAUAAUAAUAGGUUUCAGUAAAAAGAGGAGAACUUUUAUUAAUAAUAAUUCCGAAAUCAGGUAUUUCAAGUAAAUUUAAACUUAGGGACAUCAUAAUUAAAGAAGGUAAUAGUAAUAAAAUAACAGACCAUAUUAAUAAUAUUAAUAAGGAGAACUAAAUGAGUUCCAAAGAUAACGUAGAGAUGAUUAUUUAGAUCCAGAUAGAGGUUAUGGUAGAUAAGAAAAUUAUAGAAAUCAAUAGUCUAGAUUUGAAAACCACGGUUAUGAGAAUUAAAGACCCAAUUAUGGAUAGUAAAAUAAUUAAUACGAAAACCACAGAAAAUUUUAGGAUGACAGAAUGGAUUAAAAUAGAUAACCAACCUUUUAGUAUCCUAAUAAAGAGUUGCAGUCUUCAAAUAUGAGAGAUUAAUAAUAAGACACCAGAAAUCAAUAUAGAUAUGAUUAAUCAAAUAAUGAUUACAGAGCUGAAACAGAUACUUAUCCUGGAUAAUCUAAUUAGAAUUAUAGAAGAGAUGUAGAAUUUGAUUAAUAAACUGGUUAUUCCAACAAUUUUAGAGAUCAAAAAUAACAAUAGAAUUAUAGAAAUUAAAAUGAUUAAUAUCCUUAUGGUUCAAGAUAAGGCUUUAAUAAUUAAAGGGAUAACAAUGGCUUUUAGAGAAAUCAACACCAUAAUCAGAGAUAGUAAAACCAUUGGAAUGAUAACAAUAAUAACUAGUAAGGAUAUCCAUAGAGAUCUAAUGAUUAAUAAUUCAUAAGACCAUCUUUUUCAGAUAAUCGCAGAGAUAAAAAUUUUGAUUAUCAAAACAGAACAAAUUAAAGAAAUUAAUAAGAUGUUGAAAGAACAAAUCAAAAUUAUAGGUAACAACGAAACUAUCAUCUAGAAUAAGAAAAUGAUAAAUUUAACUCUUAAUAUAAUGAUUAAUAAAGGCAAAACAGCAUUAGAAAUUUUGUGGAUGUUAGCAAACCUUUAAUUGAUGAAUUUUAAAUGAAAGCAGAUUAAUUUCAAUAGCCUGAAUCAAUUAUUAAUCCUGAUUUUAAUAACUUCAAAUUUAAUUAAGCUCAGAGUUGGGAUAGUUAAAAAAAUGAUCAUAAUCAAAAUUUAUCUCAAAAUAUAAUUGUUCAACCUAAUUAAGAGCAAAAUAGAAGAUCUAAUGCAAAUUAAGAGGAACCUGAAAAAAGAGUCAGUCUAAAUACUGAAUAGCCUACUGUAAAUAGAUUUUAUGACAAUUAAAGACCAAAUCCCAAUAUUUAAGUACCCCAAGCAAAACUAGAACAAUAGCCUUUUAAUCAAGAAAUUGAGUAGAAGCAACCUCAAAAUAACUUUUUCAAUUAAAAUUCUCAAAAUUAAUCAAAAUUGUAAAUUAUAGAUUUAUGAAUAUAGUAUUGAUCAAUAGAGUAAUUAAAAUUAAGUAAUUGGGGUAGAUUAAAAAAUACAUUAGUCACCAAAAAAUUAUGAAAAUUAAAGGCAAAAUAAUGAGAGACCUAAUUUCAUUUAACAAUAAUUUCAGAAUAAUUCCAGACCAUCUUAAAAUGAUUAUCAAAGUUUCAAUAGAAAUGAAAGAAUUUAGGAUGAAUAAUCUGAUGAGGAUGAUAAUUAAAUAGAUUUCACGCGAUAUUCUAGACAAAUAGAAAAAGAAGGCCAAAUGUAUUAUAUAUGUCUAAGUUUAAGAUAAAAUCAAUCCGAAGGAAGCAAGAGUUGGAAUAAUUCGAAUUAAGGACAAAUCCAAGAUUUAGAAAAAAGCAAUUUAGAAUCCUAGGCUUAAUAUUGA